UGGAAGGGUGUAUCCAACAUUCCAAGAAAGUGAUGAUGAUGAUGAUGAUGUAGCUAUUAUUGAUGAUUUCGAUGGAAAGAUGGAUAGCCUGAGGCAAAUGUUCUCUGUUAAGUCUGACCAGGAAAUCAAAUCCGCCCUUCUAGAUGCCACUGGAGAUGUUGAAAAAGCAAUAGAUAUACUCGUUGCCCCACCCGGUAAAAAGUUCAAAAGAAUACGACAGGAGGGUCAUGAAAGUACUGGCGAGUCGGACAUUCCGGUUCAGCCUCGGAAAAGAAUUCGGAUGAUAUCGAGUGACAGUGGCGAGGAUAGUAAUUCUCAGUCUACGAUUGACCUUGACUCGCAGGGAACUGUUGGCUACAGUUUGGAAUCACAGAGGUCAGACGCAACUGUCGUGUACGAUGUUGAUGAAGUGGAGGAUAAUACACCGUUGACAGCCAAUCAAAAGAAAAAGAUUGAAUUCCUUAGAGAUUGUUUUCAUGAUAAGACUGACAAGGAGUUACGUCGGGCAUUGUCCUCACAUGACUGGAAUAUAGCAGAUGCUACAGUUGCUAUGAGCGCAUCUACAACACUGAAAGCUUUGUCAUCAAAGAAUAAAGUAAGGUCAAAGGCUGCCGCUGAUAUGGAUAAACAAAAAGAGGUACAAUUAGAGGAUGAUGAUGAUGAUAAUGAGGAGGAAGAAUUCAGUGGGGCGGAGUCAGACAGUGAUGACAGUAUAGAGGAUGAGGGUGACUCCGGGAAGAAGAUGAUCUUAAGUUUCUUUGAAGACGCUACCCUAGAAGAGCUGAUGGCCACUCCAGGCUGCUCGAAGAAAAAAUCAGAACUUAUUGUUAGUUGUAGACCAUUUGGUUCAUGGGAAAACAUGGUUGACAAGUUUGUGACGGUUAAAGGUUUGACCUAUGACCUGAUCAGUGGUUGUCAGGAAGUGAUCAAGAUACGUGACGUUGUUGUACGACUGAUGAAACGCUGCGAGGGAAUGUCGAAGACGAUGGAAAAAACUGUGCAUGAUCUCAUACACUCAAACACUCAGAUGGACGAUAGUGAACAAAUUACCAAACAACCAAAACUUCUUAAUCCAGAUUUUCAGUUAAAACCAUAUCAGAUGGUGGGUCUUAAUUGGCUCAAGGUGAUGCAUACCCAAGAAAUAAAUGGCAUUCUAGCUGAUGAAAUGGGUCUUGGAAAAACUAUACAGACAAUAGCAUUUCUAGCACAUUUAUUAGAGGAGGGACAAGCUGGUCCACAUGUCAUCAUUGUACCAUCUUCUACUAUAGAGAAUUGGAUAAGAGAAUGUAAGGUAUGGUGUCCCUCUAUGAAGGUGCUUGUGUAUUACGGCUCUCAGGAAGAGAGGCGUGCAACACGACAAUAUAUCAUGUAUGCUAAGGAUGAUGACUAUAAUGUUAUCAUAACAACAUAUAACAUGGCCACUGGCAGUGUUGAUGAUAGGGCAUUAUUCAAGAAAUUCUUUUUCCACUGUGCUAUAUUUGACGAGGGUCAUCUACUGAAAAAUAUGUCAUCACUACGAUAUCAGAAUCUCAUGAGGAUACAGGCAAAUAGAAGAUUAUUAUUGACUGGAACACCUCUACAAAAUAAUCUACUAGAACUGAUGUCAUUAUUGUGUUUUGUCAUGCCAGAUAUGUUUAUAGGGAAGACAGAGCAGCUUAAACGGAUGUUCACAAUGAUCUCAAGAACAAACAAUGAUGAGAAAAGAAGCAGUUAUGAGCAGGACAGAAUUGCUCAGGCUAAACAGAUCAUGAAACCAUUUGUUCUGAGGAGACUCAAAUCAGAGGUCAUGAGUCAACUGCCAAAAAAAACUGAGGAAGUAGAACACUGUGUCAUGACACCCAGCCAGCAGGAUGUCUAUGAUCGUAUGAUAAAGUCAUUUACAACGCAGUUAGAUGACGAUGAAGAUCGCGUCAAUCGGUCAGCCAUGUUGAUGCAGUUGCGGAAGGCGGCCAAUCACCCGUUGUUACAUAGAUCUCAUUACACAGAAAACCUCAUCAAGGAAAUGGCAGAAGUUCUGUGUGAGGAACCGAGCCAUAAAGAUCGAGGGGCAUUACCAAAAUAUAUCAUUGAAGACAUGUUGCCAAUGUCAGAUUUUGAAAUUCACAAAUGCUGCAACUAUUACAAGAGGUAUCUAGGAAAAUAUAUGUUAGAUGAGAACGUGAUUGAGGAAUCAGGGAAGUUUCAUGUAUUAGACAAGAAACUGGAUUAUCAUCGGGACCAAGGCAAUCGUGUUUUAUUGUUUAGUCAAUUUACAACAGUGUUAGACAUUAUGGAAAUAUUUCUGAAAAGGAAGAAAAUCAAAUUUAUACGACUUGACGGUUCUACACCAGUUCCUGAAAGACAGAAGCUGAUAGAUGAAUACAACACUGAUAAAGAUAUAUUUGUGUUCUUAUUAUCAACAAAAGCCGGUGGUCUCGGGAUCAAUCUUACAUCUGCCAAUGUUGUUAUACUUCAUGAUAUAGACUUCAACCCAUACAAUGAUAAACAAGCCGAGGAUCGAUGUCACAGGGUCGGACAGACAAGAGAGGUACAAAUAUUGAGACUGAUCAGUAAAGACACAGUAGAGGAAGCAAUGUUGAAAUGUUCUAAAGAAAAACUAAAGCUAGAGAAAGAUGUCAUUAGUACAGACGAUCUGGGUGAUGAGUCUGGGAACAGCAAAGAUGUUGCCUCCAUUUUGAAACAAGCAUUAAGCACAAAGAUGUGCUCUUGAUGACUGUCUAAAGUUAGGCAAAAGACAAACUCAAAUCACUGCCUUAACAAGAGUUAGGCGUUUCAGGCUGUACACUACCAGGGUGGCAUUAUGAGGAUGUGAUAUUAUAUAUGUGUGGAAACAUAUGUGUGGUGAAAAUUGUACAAAUUUGACAGCAUGUAUAUAAAAUGUGUAGUGAAUACAUGGGAAUGCAUAUAAGGAGUAUUUUGUGUAAAUGAUCACAUGGUAUGUAAUUACAUAUGUGUAAAUAUGCUGAUAAUUGUUGAUCUUUGGGUAUCUUUGUUGAAAUAUGUGAAAAUGUUGAUAAACAGUGGUUGAAGAGUGGGGGAAAAGAAGAUUACUUAGUUAUGAAUGAAAUUGAUUUGCAAGUGGAAAUCAUUGUGUAAUAGAUAAAAAGGGAAUGCAGAAAAAGGAAUAUUUGGAUUUCAGAUGGAUAAUUUCCAGGAUUAGUAUUUUCCAUUCAGCGAGAACCAUUCCAUAUGAUUCAGGAUAUGAAAUGUAAAAAAAUGUUUAUGAUUUGACAAUGUUUGACUCGCUCAAAAUCUAAAUUGUGGCUGCACAUGGACAAUGUCAAUGUAUUCUUUGAGACUGUCAUGGCUCGUUUUUCUAUCAGAGAAAGCUAAUGAAUCGCUGAUGGUUAAAAAAACAGUCGUGCAUGACUUGUAAGAGAAGGGAAAAAUGUAAAUAUCAGUAGUGCUUGUUAACACCAUGUUACAAAUUGAGUGUUACUGGAUUUGCCCCACUAUGAAAUGGACUUGCCGAGUUGCAUUUAUGAGUAUAGGAUGGACAUGAGUUACUUGAAAUUUGUAUCAUUCUGUUAGCAGAAUAAGAUUUCAUUAUUAAAUAAUUUUAAACGCACAUUAUGCCUCAGAAAUCCAUAUAUAUUUUAAUUCUUAAAGAAAUGUCAAACAUCAUCAUGUGUUUAAUAAUGUUUACAUAAUGGAUUUAGAGCAUGUUAAAUGUUAAACAACUAUAGGAAGUAGUGCUGAAUGUGCAGUAAUGUGUCAUAAAGGUAGCAAAAUAUAAACAAAGUAGUAUUUUGACUUUUAUUCAAAAAACAAAUUUACCAUAAUUAUUCCAAUUACCAACA